AUGACCUCAAAACACGGCCGCCGGAGGCGGUCCAGCAGUCUUAUCUACCAGGAACCAGCUGAAUCUAUUGAGCAUACCAGUGAUCAAGCUGCAUUGCCAAAUCUGAAUGCAAACUGGGUGAAUGCCAAGGGUGCCUGGACUAUUCAUUUCGUGUGCAUCGCCGCUCUUAAGAUUUUCUACGACAUUAUUCCCGGCGUUUCGCAGGAAACUUCAUGGACCCUCACCAAUAUCAGUUACAUGUUCGGAUCCUUCCUCAUGUUCCACUGGGUGCGGGGCAUUCCGUUCGAGUUUAAUGCCGGUGCCUACGACAAUCUCAACAUGUGGGAGCAGAUCGACAACGGCGACCAGUACACACCCGCUAAGAAGUUCUUGCUCUGCGUGCCUAUCGUGCUCUUCCUCCUCAGCACUCAUUACACCCAUUUCGACUUGACCCACUUCACCAUCAAUUUCCUGGCCACAUUGGGAGUGGUCAUUCCCAAGCUGCCUUUCUCGCAUCGGUUGCGAAUAGGCCUCUUCUCCGAUAUACCCGAGGAGUCAUAG